UCGGUUUCAGACAUUGAGCGUCGAGAGCGUAGACAGUGUUCAAAGACUCGGUAUGGCGUCUUCAACUACUGCAGCUUUUGAGAAGUUGAGUGAAUCGUUGAGAAAAGAGCUUAGCGAGCUUAAUAAAAGCGCCGAAGACGCCGCCAGUAUUCUGCAUCGUCUUGCCAACGAAAUUGACGAGGUUUGCAAAAAAAGUAACGAAGGAAAAAUCAUCGGUUCUGCAGCUUCCCUGGGGGGGUUGCCAUUUCUGGCUGCAGGCUUUGCUAUUCCUGUUGCGGCAAUUGGAUUGCUUGUCGUCGGAGGAGCACUCUGUGGCGGAGGAGGCAUAAAAUGCGGUUAUCAUACUUUAAAUGAGCAUCGCAUCACCAGAUCCAAGUGCAGCGAAGCGCAGAGUGCAGUUGAUGCCGUUCGUGAGAGGGCCAAAGCAUAUAAAGAGAGCAUAGAGAGGUUUAGUGAGCUCGCACGAUCUUCUGGUUUCUCCCCUGUGUUGAAGAACGAGGAGCCAGCCCGCAGUCGGCUCGCAGUGGGCGUACUAGUUCAAAGCGGCGUUGCCGCACUUGUUACCACUCUUGGGCGUCAAAUUCUGUUCACAGGAUUUAUGGGAACCUUGGCGAUGGUACCCUUUGAUAUUUACACCAUAUCACAGUGCGUCAUCAAGCAAAACAGCAACAACUGGUCUCCACAGGCCAAUAAGAUCAGAGACCUAGCCAGAGAAAUGCAUGAGCUUGCUCAGGAGGGAAAGGCUUCACUAGAACAGUAGACUCAUGAAGACCAGGCAUAGGAUGCUUGAACUUGUUCAGUGAGGAUAUGAGACUCUAACACGAGCUGUAACAUACCUUUGCUUUAAAAAUAAUUUACAAUAGUUUGGAUAAGGAACCAACGUGGAUAAAAGGACACAUAGCUGAUUUUUCAUUUUACCGAACUGCAAUUCUUUGAAAAAACGAGCGACUUUGACAAUUAUUCCAUAACCCUUGCUAAUUUUUCCAAAAUAUUGUGCGCUUAAUUGUUAAAUGUUCUUAUCCGGUGUGGUAUUCAGUCUCGCGUUUUGAUCAGUAUAAGCUAUUAGUAUACCGAAAAUCAUUAUCCAUGAUACACAUUAUGAUAAAGUUUUAAAUAUGUCCAGUUC